CCACUCCGGUCCUGUCACAUCCGGUUUCAUCCCCACGGCUAGCUCCUUCCCGCAUUGUCGUGAUUUAGCUCGUGCACCCCUCUGCUUGUUUUGCGGAGCCAACUUUUGACUAAAGGCUGUUGGAGUUGUGAUUUGAGAAAGCUUUAUGUUUUUUCUAUCCAUGUUUCGCAUGCGAGGUGGCUGACAGAAGGAGGGCAUAGGGAAGAGGCGCUUCAGCACAACGCACUGAGAUGCAUUGAACAUCAUGCAGUGACGGCACCUCACCAGAUUUAUUAUUUACCUUUAUUUUAGUGCUCAGCUCUGCAACGAAGAUUGCAAGACGACACGUAUAAGAGGAAGAAGACCUUAGUGGAAAAGACAAUCUGCAUGUGAAAGUACUGGAUCUGGUGCUAUCGGAGGCAAGAGAUGCAGCCUACAAGCAAGCUUCUGAGUCUCACCCUCCUCGUCUUGAUGGGCACUGAACUCACCCAAGUGCUGCCAGCCAACCCUGAGGAGUCAUGGCAGGUGUACAGCUCAGCCCAGGACACAGAGGGCCGCUGUGUCUGCACCGUGGUGGCGCCUCAACAGACCAUGUGCUCGCGGGACGCCAGGACCAAACAGCUCCGGCAGCUGCUAGAAAAAGUCCAGAAUAUGACCCAGUCUAUCCAGGUGCUGGACCAACGGACCCAGAGAGACCUGCAAUACGUGGAGAGAAUGGAGGUCCAGCUGAAAGGUCUGGAGACCAAGUUUAAACAGGUGGAGGAGAACCACAAGCAGAACAUUGCCAGGCAAUAUAAGGCAAUAAAAGCGAAAAUGGAGGAACUUAGACCAUUGAUACCAGUGUUGGAGGAGUACAAAGCUGAUGCAAAAUUGGUAUUGAAGUUUAAAGAGGAAAUCCAGAAUCUGACGUCUGUGCUAAAUGAACUCCAGGAGGAGAUUGGAACCUAUGACUACGAGGAGCUGCAAAACAGAGUGUCAAAUCUUGAAGAGAGGCUUCGUGCGUGCAUGCAAAAAUUAGCAUGUGGGAAGCUGACAGGAAUCAGCGAUCCAAUCACAAUUAAGACGUCUGGAUCAAGGUUUGGAUCCUGGAUGACUGACCCCCUGGCACCUGAGGAUGACACUAGGGUGUGGUACAUGGACGGCUACCACAACAACCGAUUUGUGCGGGAGUACAUGUCCAUCUACGACUUUAUGAAUUCCGACAACUUCACGUCUCACCGCCUCCCCCACCCGUGGUCGGGCACGGGUCAGGUGGUCUACAACGGCUCCAUCUACUUCAACAAGUUCCAGAGCCACACAAUCAUCAAGUUUGACUUCAAGACCUCCGUCAUCAGCAAGUCACGUCAGCUGGACUACGCCGGCUACAACAACAUGUACCACUACUCCUGGGGAGGCCACUCGGACAUCGACCUCAUGGUGGACGAAGGCGGGCUCUGGGCCGUCUAUGCCACCAAUCAGAACGCGGGGAACAUUGUCAUCAGCAAGCUGAACCCCAACACCCUGCAGAUCGUCAAGAGCUGGACCACCAAUCACCCCAAGAGGAGCGCAGGAGAGGCCUUCAUGAUCUGUGGUACGCUGUAUGUCACCAAUGGCUACUCCGGUGGGACCAAGGUGUACUAUGCCUUCAGCACCAACUCGUCCACCUACGAGUACAUUGACAUACCGUUCCAGAAUAAGUACUCUCACAUCUCCAUGCUGGACUAUAACCCUAAAGACAGAGCGCUGUACGCGUGGAAUAAUGGUCACCAGGUGCUGUACAAUGUCACUUUGUUCCACGUCAUUCGCUCAGAGCAGGAGCAGUAGAUAGCUAGCCAUGCUGUGACCUUCUCAUUCUACGGCAGACCUAGGUUCAAAUACUAUUUGAUAACGUUCAAAUAUUUUCUGCAUUUGCUUUAGCCUGCUUGGAGUGCAAGAUGGACGGGGUUUGUAGUUUUGCAACAGUUAUAUUGGUUCCAUUGCACCAGGCAAGCUCAAUCAACCUUGGCUAGAUCAACUGAAUUUGAACACAGGUCUGGUCCACAGAUUUUUCAAAGUAGGGGAGAUAUGUAACUCAAAUCAAAAGUUUAUUGGAAAUGUACGCAGAUUUGCAGACGUAAUCGCAGGUGCAGCGAAAUAAUAAGUGCUUCUAGCUCAGGGUUUCACAAACUAGGUCCUCGGGACCCCAAGGGGUACACAUUUUGAUUUUUGUCCUAGCACUACAAAACUGAUUAGAAUAAUCAACUAAUCAUCAGAUUUGAUCAUUUGAAUCAGCUGUGUGGUGUUAGGGAAAAAAACUAAACGUGCACCUCUUGGAGUCCAGAGGACUUGAGUUUGGGAAACGCUGUGUAACGCCAACAGUGUAGUAAUACUUAGCAAUAAAAAAAUAAAUACACACAUAAUCCAGAAACAUUUAAAUACAUUAAGAAAUUAAGAAACAUUAGAACGAGCAAUGUCAGAGAUUGGAAUAUAAAUAUAUAUACAUAUAAUGGUGUCUAAAGACAGUACGGGCAGUAUAUGAUUAGAAAAAGUGUGUACAGCAGUAGUUAUAUAGGAUGAGCCAUGACUAGAAUACGGUAUAUACAUAUAAAGUGGGUUGAACAGUAUGUAAACAUUAUUAAAGUGACCAGUGUUCAAUGACUGUAUGUACAUAGGGGCUGUAGUCUCUAAGGUGCAGGGUAGAGUACUGUGGAAGUAGAGACGUAUCCUGUAUGUUACUCAGUAACAAGAUAUAAAGUACAUCAUGAUAUAUAUAAUGUGUAGAAGGUAUAGAAACAGAUUGUAAGAACAGGUACCGAAAAGGUAAUGCCUUUUUUUUUAUUUAGAUGACUUAGAAUGAUUGUGUUUUUAUGGAAUUACCCACUCUUGACUUCUUUCAUCACAGAGAAAUAGUGCAGCCAACUGUAUCGUAGUAUAGAAUUGAAUUACUCUAGAAGCUGAAGGGAUAUGAAAUCCUGAGCCUUGUUUAUCGACCUAUAUUAAACCAAACUGUGGGACACAACACACAAUCAUGACCACUUUCCCCAGGUGGGUGCUACUCAUUGGUGGUGGCUGUGGUCACGUUCCCCCCCCCCCCCCCCUUUACAUUCUGAAGUGCGCUAAACAUCUGGAAAAGCUCUAUGUAACAAUACAUGUAUGUACUAGAGUGAAUUAAUUCAGUAAUUAUAAUUACUGGAUCAGAGAGUAAAGAUUGUCAAAUGUAGCAGCCAUUCCCAUGGAACUCGAUUCCUGCAUUUUUAAAGGUGGAGACGACUGUAGUGAUCAUCGUAACGCAGAGCCAUGUUUCUUAUUUAUAUCAAUAUUAACCCGUAUUGGUAUCCCCAUGUGUUGGUAGCAAAAUAUCUAUUUGGGACAGGUGUAAUGACACCUCAUAACACACCUCAAAGUAUUCUGUCUUUCCUGUGCAAUACGUCCUCUCAGGAACCAAUACAACACAACCACUAAUUUGCAUGGGAUCACCUGUACGUACAUUGUAGGGUCUGAGUAUGAUUGAUAAAUGAGGCCCAAUGGAGCAGUGUAAAGAAUCUAGUCAAUGACAAUACCGUAUAUCUGGGAACACCGACUACAGACAGUUAAGGCAAAGACUGUUGGAAGCAUCCUGUUUCGUUAAUGUUUCUUUGUGAUGUGUAUUUUCUCUUUUCUAUCUUCUUUUUGCAUGGGCAUUUUUACCAACCGAAAUGGUUCCCUUCUCUGGAUGUAUUUUGCAAUAUUAUGACGCUGUUGUACAGGAGACUAGUUUAGCAUUGCUAGGAGGCAGGCUUUUUACUUUCUUAUUGUCAUUGGGGUUGAUAUACAGUAUGUUAUUAUUGUUGGUAUUGAUAUUUGCUGUGAUAGCCUGUCUUUGUAGAUUGUAUUGUAUCGAAAGAAUUUGACCAGCUCGUAUAUUUGUCAGGCAAAAAAAAAACGACACUGUAACGAUCACGAGAAUGUGCAAACAAUGUAUCUAUGAGUCAGUGAAGUAUCCAUUGGCAAUUUCUUUUUAUUUGACAUCACAAAUCUACUGUCUGUUUCUUAGAGUGAUAAAUUGUGACAUCUUGUUCUGUUGAGCUUGCAUGUGUAUCUGCAAUAACAUUCAUAUUAAUAAACAUGAGCUUUGUUCUACAAUUGA